CACACAGACCUUCCUUCUGUGAGCAUUGCCGAGGCAGCUCCGGUCCCUCAUGUCUCUUUGCGAGGAGCAUCAACAUACUUCCCACGGCAUCACUGGAGACGAUCCAGACCAACGCGUUGGGGAACUCCACGCAACUCCACAAACGGACUUGUGCCGGAGUAGAAAUGGGCAAAAGUGUCAAUUUUGAUGGCGGAACUUCUAAGUGGGACUGAAAUGAGAGGUCACUUCUGAGUGGAGCGACACCCGAAUGGACCGGACUUCUUGAGGAAAGCUGUCAGCAGGAGGAAGAGUCGAGUGGCUUGCCAUGGCCGGGAAGUAAAUAAAUCUGGACUUGAAGUGAGGCUUUUGAGGACGGGAGUCAUGUUCACGGGGGACAGCGUGGUCAGUGGCCACCUCCUGACUGGGGGUGCGUUCAAGCCCCAUCAGGGACUGGAAGUAAAUGCGUCACUUCAAAUGGAGAAUGGACAACACUUUGGGACUUUUCCUCCAUACCAGGGUCAGAACGUCACGAAUGCCAGCUUGCCCAACGUGGAGAACAACGAUAUUACAACCGCAUUUAAACCGACACCUCAACCGGGGCCUCCCGCUGCACUCAAACUAGGGCAGGAAGGCUUUAAGAAAGUCUGCAGGACCGAGGAGCACGGCCCCAGUCCCUUCCCCGGACUGGCCUCGGGGGUACUGGAGAUGCGCGUUAAAGAAGGGAGUAAGAUCCGCAACUUGAUGGGCUUCGCAAUGGCGCGGAUGCAAGGCGACCAAGGACUCUGUGGUGCCAGAGAAGGCGGACUCAGACAGGUGGUCUUCACCGGCUCGGGCCGCGCCGUCACCAAGACCAUCACGUGUGCCGAGAUCAUGAAGCGGAAAGUGGGCUCGCUGCACCAGCUGACCAAACUGCAGUAUAAGGUGGUCAAGGAGGUGUGGGAGAACACUGAGGGGGGCACGUCAGAGAUGACCGUGCACAGAACCGUGCCCUCCAUCAGCAUCCUGCUAUCUAAAGACCCACUGGACCCUCAGGAGCCGGGCUACCAACCCCCAGAGACUCUCGGCGCACUGUGGGAGGACAGUGUCGAGCGCGCCACGGCGUCGGCAAUCAAGAGACCCCCGGACACUUUGCCGUUCAGAGGUUUACAGCACUGUAAGCGUGUGUGCUCGGGCGAAGGGGUCUCCGUGACCCCCCUCUUGCACUGACUGGAUGUCAGAGUCCACUUGAGCACAACUCUGAGACAAUCAGAAGAGCCACUGAGACGGAGCAGCGCAUUGGGACGAGACCUAACUACCAAUUGCAGCCUAACUGGGAGGUUCUGAGCUUGCCUUCUGUACAGACAGACAUCAUAAUUGUGUCAAUUAUGUACCCGCUGUGAAACCUUAAACCUGAUGACGAUACUUUUAAGACUGAAAAUAAGCCAUGAACUGCAAAGACAUUUUUUCUUGUUUGUUUCAAGCAAAGGUUACGAAAAAAAUUAACUGCUGAAAACUGCUGAUGACAAAUGAAAAUCUUGACAUUGACCAUUUUUUUUGUAUUACAUGUUUUCUUUCCGCUAUGAUUUUUUUUGGGCUGUGUUGAAUGUCAAACUUGCCAGAAGAUAUUUAUUAAAAAUGGUGAAAUUGCCUAUUUAUUUAAUAAUGCAUUUAAUCAACUAAUCCACCCUAAAAAAACUUUUGUGUUAAAGUUUCAUUUUAGACUCCUGGCUGAACCUAGUUACCGACUACUAUUUAUCCACCAGAUGGCGCUACAUUUCCUCAUUUAAAGCAUGCAGCAAAAUGUGACACAUCAUAAUGUGUGUGUGUGUGUGAGUGUGUGUGUGUGUCUGCCUGCCUCUCUGUUGACAAAUGCAAAUCACACCAUUGUCCAUUUUUAAUUUGUCCCACUAUUAAACACAAUUUCCGCCCUUUA